AUGAGACCAACCACAUUGCAACUACGUGACCAACAAACUCAUAUUGAAGGAAUUAUGAGCCCAACCAUAUUGCAACUACGAGACCAACAACCACAUAUUGAAGGAUAUAUGAGCCCAACAACAUUGCAACUACGUGACCAACAAUCUCAUAUUGAAGGAAGUACGAGCCCAACCACAUUGCAACUACGUGACCAACAACAUCAUAUUGAUGGAAAUAUGAGCCUAACCAUAUUCCAACUACCUGACCAACAAUCUCAUAUUGAAGGAAGUAUGAGCCCAACCACAUUGCAACUACGUGACCAACAACCUCAUAUUGAAGGAAGUGUGACCCCAACCACAUUGCAACUGCGUGACCAACAACCUCAUAUUGAAGGAAGUAUGAGCAACCACAUACGUGACCAACAACCUCAUAUUGAAGGAAGUAUGAGCCCAACCACAUUGCAACUACGUGACCAACAACCUCAUAUUGAAGGAAGUAUGAGCCUAACCAUAUUGCAACUACGUGACCAACAACAUAUUGAAGGAAGUAUGAGCCAACCAUAUUGCAACUACGUGACCAACAACCUCCAUAUUGAAGGAUGUAUGAGCCCAACCAUAUUGCAACUACGUGACCAACAACCUCAUAUUGAAGGAAGUAUGAGCCCAACCAUAUUGCAACUACGUGACCAACAACCUCAUAUUGAAGGAAGUAUGAGCCCCAACCACAUUGCAACUACUACGUGA